UAUAUCGAUUUUUUUAUUUCUAUAAUUGGGACUCGUGAGAAGAGAAGAUUAGAAUAAUAUAUUGCAUGUCGAUUGUCGAUCAAUAAGGCCUCAUCACCCCCUUUACAAAAAGUGGAAAUUUGUCUAUAGCUAUCAACUUCUGUCUGUCUAUGGUUCUGCUGCACUUAUCUGUAGACUAUUGCACACUUAUGGAUAAUAUUUUGGAAAUGUAAUGGGGUGCUUACACAGCAAAAAGGAAACUUCAGACUUGCAUCCAAAUGUUUUUCGUGUUGUAAACAUUGACGAAAAUGGUGCAGACCUAUGCUCGGGGCAGCUCGAGAUUACCGAAUCCGACAUUAUACUCUAUAGAGAAGGCAGGGACUCCACAGUGUGGCCUUUACACUCAUUGCGACGAUAUGGCUUUGAGGGAGAUAUAUUCAGCUUUGAAUCAGGAAGGAGGUGUGAGACUGGAGAAGGAAUAUAUGCAUUCAGAUGUAGAAGAGCUUCCCUCUUAUUUCGCACACUGCAGCAACAAAUUCAAUUACGAAAUGUGAUUCAUGACUCAGUACCAUACCCUGUAUCUAGAUUAACACCAUCUCCGCAGGGAAGACAAACAUUACAAGCAAGUGUUGUUCACCGUUCAUCUAUAGAUAAUGGUCAACCUGAUAAUGUAAGGCCUGUUGUUAAUAACAACCUUCCAAACAUGAUAUCGAACGUGACAGGAUCACGUAAUGUUACUCAAUCUCCAAGGUCACCCUCAAGUGCUGAUAUAUUGGAGGUAAUGCCACUAUACCCGAGAUCUCAGACAAGUUCCAAUCAAGUCACUAAUGUUUAUCAGCUAAGAGAUUUUAAGCGUGAAACAAAUAACAACCAGGGUGAUACAGUGGCUGAAACACGCGUGACUGAUAACCGACACGUAUAUUCAAAUGAUUUAAAUAAAGAUUUAGCAAUUUUGCGAAAUACUCUACGCCAAGAAACAGCUUUAAAUACAAUGAGAGACAUUGAAGAUGAGACGCGAUUUCUCGAAUGCAGAUACAUGAAUGAAAAUGUUACUAAUAACAAACAAGUAAACAGUCCCUUGUCACCGACAUUGAGUAAUUCCAGUGAACACUACGCACAGCUAAGUCUCGAACAGCAACAACAGCAACAACAACAGCAGCAGCAACAGCAACAACAGCAGCAACAGCAACAAGUGUUACAACAGCCACAAAUUUCACAACAACCCUCUCAACCAGAUGCAAUUCGAUUGUAUAUGAAUAUUGUACCUAAUGAUGUGAACAUGCAGCCAGCUGGUAAAAAUGAUACAGUCCCUACCACUCCUUUAACACCGAAACAAGUGGAAUAUUGUAAUUUGUCCGUGGGAAAUAAACCGGAAGUAAAUACGUACGCUAAUUUGUCUUUGGGUGAACUUGGCGAAAAUGUUAAAAAUGCGAAACAAAUAUUAAGUUUUUCUGCACCAUCUGAACACAACCAAAAAUUCUCAGAAUCUGAUACUUUUACUUCCAUGUCACCUGUCGAAGAACUGGAGGUAAAUUAUGCUAUACUCGAUAUUGAUUCUAAUAAGGAAACUGUGAAACUGAGCAGAGAAUUAACAUCUCCUGAAAGUCAAUCAUACAACAGUUCGAAAAAUGAUAGUGUGGCUUCAUAUUCAUCUCAGCCGCGGGGUCGACUUGUUUCGCAGUGCAGCGUGGAGAAGGUAAAUCUGUCUAACAUGUCUGGUGUGGCGCCGUCUGCUGCUAUAGGAUACACAACCAUUGACUUUGAUAAGACAGUAGCGUUGACGUCGGUGGCUGCUGGAACUGAUAUAGAUGUAGAUGGUGUUCGUAAAACUAGACACAAUUCGUGUAAUAUAGUAUGUGGCAGUCCUGCCAGUAAUGAAAAAAACAAAAUGAAUUAAAGGCAUUUGUACAGCUGUCAUUGAUUUGUAAGUAGUCAUGUAUCAAGUUCGGAUAAUAUCAAAAGAGUAUAAAGUAGAUAUCAAGAUUUGGAACUUAGUUCCUAGUUAUCAUUAAUGUUGGUGUGGCGAUUAUUUUAUACCUACUUGGACUGAAGUAAUGACUAAUGUAUCGAAUGCAGUAAUUACAUGUUUUUUACUAAUGGAAGACUUAGAAUAUGGCCAACUUAGCAUGUAGAAUAUUGUGAUCACUUCGUUUUCUCUUAAUCGUCACAGUUAUCUAUAAAUCGUGAUUAAAGUACAUACGACAGAAAUCAGAAAAAAAACAAGUACAUUGAUAAAGUAGCCAAUUAUAGUUUGUAUUUGAAGGUGAUAUUAUAUGUGUAGUUGUAGGUAUAGCCGCAAAUAUGAAAUGUAAAUAAAUUGCGGUACUGUGUUCAAAUGUGUUGCAUAAGUAACUUUUUUUGUAUGCUGCAGCCAACCCUGAUUAUUAUAUAUUAGUCAAUAUUUUUUAUUUUGAUAUUGUUCCUAUGCCAGUUUUUGUAAAACCUGUAUAGCUUGUUGCCAAAGUAAUGAUUAACCAAAUGAAACCAUAUAUUUAAAAAGAUCAUUACCACGAUUUUUGUGAUGUUUGGUCUAGGACUAAAAGGACAGCAACAUCCCCAUAAACGAAAUGACAUUAGUUAAGAUUAAAUAGAACAAAUCUUGAUCAAUUGACAUAUUAUUAAAUGACAAAUAAUAAAGAGUGCAAUUUAUAUUUGAAUUAGAAGGAGAAGUUAAUAAGUUUGCAAAUUGUAAGGCUGACAGUUUGCGCAGUGGUUCGAUUCUCACCCAGGACUUACAUUUGUUUGAUAAGUAUGAGCGGUUUUGUUAUGUGUCUGGGUGUUCUUUUUAUUUAUAUGUAUUUAUAAAAAAUAAACGUAACUAAGUGUGCGGAUCCGUCGUCUGGUUACCGUACAGGCUGUGCCUGGGUCUAGAUGGCAGUGUGUCAAAAGAUAAUAUGUAAUAUUAUCAUAUUAGUAUUUAGUGACCUAUUUUAGGUUGAGCAUCAUCAAUAUAUUUAUGCGUUUAUAAUAAAAUAGCUAAAUGCAACGAAUAAAUUCCGUUCUAAAUACCGGAAUACGAGAAAAAAGACGCAUGAAUAAAGUUUAUAUGUUGUUGUAAAAGUUGCUCUAUUCUCUUUGUUAAACAAGCCUUACCGUGUUGGCAGCGUCCCUGUAAUAUUAUUAUGUCUAAUAACACAAUCAACACAGAAAUCGAUAUUUUUGAAAUAACUAUAUUAUUAUAUGACCUAAAUACCUUAAAUUAAAAACGUCGACCUAAUGAAUGCAGUAUACUUGAUUGCCAAAGAAAAAAAUAUAUUAUUUUAGUAAAUAUAGAGGUAUUCGGUGUAGAUAUAAAUAAGAGGAAACUGUUGCGUUAGAUAAUUAAAAUAAGUAUGUUUUAUUUGUAUAAAUUAUUAUUAUCCCAUAAAGACUUACCAGUCAUUAGCGAAAGGUGUACUAGGUAUGGCGGUUAACUGUUAACCUAAAACACAAGAAAUCAUUAUUCAUGUAUAAGUCAGGUUAAUUAUAAUAAGAAAUCGUACAGUCUAAUAGAAAUUAAUUAAAAAUAGGAAAGUGACUCUAAAUAUCUGUAAGUAGGCGUAUAUUUUUUGCUAAUGACGGUACAUUUGAUAAUAUACUUUUAAUUUGCAAUAGGUCAAUUUUACAUAGAUCAACCAAAUACUAACAGAAGCCAAAUAUUUAUGAGUUAAAAAUGUACUAGUAGUCGACUUUUUUACUAUUUACCUUGUACGUCCAUGACUGAGAAAACCGGUUCUUGUUAAAAAGAACCACCUCAUUAGUGUGCCAUGCAUUAUCAUUGUCAUAUUAUAAUUAUUGACGCAUUAUGUAUGUUUAUAAUUAUUUAAAUAAGCAUUUCCUAUUGUUUACGAGGCUUUAAAUUAAGGUUUUGUAUGAAACAAAUAAAAUGAGUUUUACUAAGUUUUAUAUUUAUGGGAAAA